GGUCACACUCGUACUCAAAGUGUAAGUGUUGGUGCUGGGGCAGAAAUUCUUAUUUUCUCCUUAAUAAAAUAAUAUUUGUGCUGCAGAAUGGCCGCCCGCCGCAUCGCCAAAUCCUCGGUUAACUGGUCCGCUCUUGCCGAGCGCGUUCCUGCCAACCAGAAGAGCAGCUUCGGCGCCUUCAAGACCAAGUCGGACAUCUACGUCCGCGCCGUCUUGGCCAACCCCGAGUGCCCGCCCCAGAUCGAUUGGGCCAAGUACAAGCAGUUGAUCCCGGUGGCCGGACUUGUGGACAGCUUCCAGAAGCAGUACGAUGCCCUGAAGGUGCCCUAUCCCCAAGACAAGGUCUCCCCACAGGUGGACGCCGAGAUCAAGGCCUCUCAGUCGGAGAUCGAUGCCUACAAGAAGGCCUCCGAGCAGCGCAUCCAGAACUACCAGAAGGAGAUCGCCCAUCUCAAGUCGCUGCUGCCCUACGACCAGAUGACCAUGGAGGACUACCGCGACGCAUUCCCCGAGAGCUCGCUCGACCCCAUCAACAAGCCCACCUUCUGGCCCCACACUCCCGAGGAGCAGGUCGGCUACAAGUCCAAGGAGCAGCUGGAGGCCGAGGCCCAGGGACACCACUAAGCGUCCACUGGCAGGAGUACUCUGGCGUCAGGCAGUCGUUGGUCGUUGCUCGUUUGUCGAUUCGAAAUGUAAACCACGUUGAAGUAAAUCACCCAAAUUAAAUUCAUUUCAAA